CAUUGGUCGACUGCAGCGCGUCUAAUAGUGGCUGAGCAGAACACAGACCUGCACAAAAAGAUCAGUUCACCGGCACCUCGCUCCACUCCACAGCAUCAACAUCAUCACCCUCAACAAUAACCAACCAUGGCUGGUCCAGCACGCGUCUCAUCAUCUUUGACCAGCAAACCCAAGGCAGGAUCGUCAGGCAAGGUUCAGAAGAAAACACCAGCCAAAUCCACGACGUCCAAAUCUUCAACCGGAUCAGGAUCAUCCGUCUACACAGGCACGGCCAAGGGUGUCACUGUUCUUCCCGUUGCGAGGGUCAAGAGGAUCAUCAAGGAGGAUAAGGACGUCCAAAUGGUCAGCAAUGACGCUGUAUUCGUCAUUAGUCUUGCAACCGAGAUGUUCCUGGAGAGCUUUACGUCCAAGGCGUUCAAUCUCGCAAAGAUGGAAAAGCGGAAAACAGUAUCAUACAAGGAUCUCGCUACGGCGGUGACUCAGCAUGACUCGCUUGAGUUCUUGCAAGACGUCGUGCCAAAGACGACUACAUUGUCAGACGCACUAGAGAAAAGACGCAUUAUCAAGGAGAAGGAAGAAAGUAGAGCUCAGGGAGAAUCUGACGAAGAUGAUGUCGAAGAAAACGGAAACGAUGAAGCCAACGAAGAAGAAGAGGAGGAGGAGGAAGAUCUGGAUCCACUCUCGGAGUCCGAGGAUAUCAAUUCCAGUCGACCUCUUUCGGACGAUGAGGAGCUCUCGGGCCCAGAUGAAAUGGAUGAGGACUGAGAUAGUUUUUUUCCUUGCGCCAUUUUUUCUUUCUUUAAUUUCGUCCGCAACAACAGCAAUUAGCAACCAGCAACCAGCAACCAUUCGCUUCUCUGUACAAAUAUUCUCCGCUGCUUAAUAAAGGCCAUCGUAGCCAAAGACUGUAUCAUGUUUAUUGCCGCC